AUAUCAUUUGUCCUCCUCAUUCCUCUCUAGGGCAGCUUCUCAGAUCUGCCCCCUCUAAGCGAAUUCAAAGAUGGGGUUGUCAUUCACCAAGCUGUUCAGUCGGCUUUUUGCCAAGAAGGAAAUGAGAAUUCUUAUGGUCGGUCUCGAUGCUGCUGGUAAAACUACCAUUUUGUACAAGCUCAAGCUCGGAGAGAUUGUGACCACCAUUCCUACCAUCGGAUUCAAUGUUGAAACUGUGGAGUACAAGAACAUCAGCUUUACCGUGUGGGAUGUCGGGGGUCAGGACAAGAUUCGACCUCUAUGGAGACACUACUUCCAAAAUACCCAAGGGCUCAUUUUUGUGGUUGAUAGCAAUGAUCGCGACCGUGUCGUUGAGGCUAGGGAUGAGCUACAUCGCAUGUUGAAUGAGGACGAGUUGAGGGAUGCUGUGCUGCUUGUUUUCGCCAACAAACAGGAUCUUCCAAAUGCUAUGAAUGCUGCAGAGAUCACUGACAAACUUGGUCUCCACUCUCUUCGUCAACGCCACUGGUACAUCCAGAGUACAUGUGCCACUUCUGGUGAAGGGCUCUAUGAGGGUCUUGACUGGCUCUCAAACAAUAUUGCCAACAAGGCUUAAAUGAUCAGUAAUCUUCAGCAACCUCAUGUUUGCAAGGUGUCUGAUGGCUCGCAUAUCUUGGUGUCUGAUGGCUCGCAUAUCUUCUGUUUAUGGAUUUCUUACAAUGUGUUACUAUCCCGAGAUUGUAUCUGUUUAGAUAUUAUUACAAAGUGAUUGACGGCUGUAGAUUUAAAUAAUUCGACUUAUACAUUCUACAUACGAAUUUGUUUGUAUCGGUUUAGGGUUCCAAUUUUGAACCUUUACUAUUGCUUCACCAUCUUUUGAUGGACUUG